CCCCCGGAUCUGUCUCUUGCUUCAACAGUGUUUGGACGGAACAGACCCAGGGAUGCCCCUUGCUCCAGCCUCCGACCACCCUCCAACCUUUUUUCCAGUCGCAACGUUCGGAGUCGGCCACUCAGCUAUCCUCGGUCACCGGGACCAGCCAACACCACUUUUUGAGCUUAGCUCCUUAUUACCGAUCAACCAUGGCCUCCCAGAUGCGUCAGAAUUAUUCCACCGAGGUGGAGGCUGCCGUCAACCGCCUGUUCAACUUGCAUCUGCAGGCCUCCUACACCUACCUCUCUCUGGGCUUCUAUUUCGACUGCGACGAUGUGGCUCUGGAGGGCGUGGGCCACGUUUUCCGCGAAGUGGCCGAGGAGAAGCGCGAGGGCGCCGAGCGUCUCUUGAAAAUGCAAAACCAGCGCGGUGGCCGCGCCUUCUUCCAGGACGUGAAGAAGCCAUCUCAAGAUGAAUGGGGUAAAACCCAGGACGCUAUGGAAGCCGCCAUGCUCCUGGAGAAGAACCUGAACCAGGCCCUUUUGGAUCUGCAUGCCCUGGGUUCUGCCCGCACAGAACCCCACCUCUGUGACUUCCUGGAGAACCACUUCCUAGAUGAGGAGGUGAAACUCAUCAAGAAGAUGGGUGACCAUCUGACCAACCUCCGCAGGCUGGCUGGUCCCCAGGCUGGGCUGGGCGAGUAUCUCUUCGAAAGGCUCACUCUCAAGCACAACUAGUAGCCUCCGGAGCCCAGCGGCCUUGGAGGAGCCCCUCUGGUGUCAGGGCUGCUGCCUGAAGCCCCUCUCUGCAGCCACUAGGCAGCUUUUUAACCACCUGGACCCCUCUCCCAAGCCUUGGACCAAAUGGAAACAAUAAAGCUUUUUGCAGCAAAAAAAAAAAAAAAAAA